AUGGUCUUUUGGAAGAUCAGCUCAGAUAUGAAGGACUGUGCGCUUUGUCUUUGGGAACUUGGCUGGUCUCGAGAGGAUGUAUGCUCGACACUCUGCGUUUCCCAGGCAAGUCUAUAUCGCUGGGCAGCACUCUUCGAGGAAUUCAGCUCAACAACUGCACCACCACCACCUAUUCGAGGAUGCCCAAGAAUCAUUGGCAUGAUUGUGAUGAACACCAUCAGGGAUGUAUAUGCACAAAACUCUACUGUCUACCUUGACGAACUUCAGUGGCAUCUGGCGAUCUUCCAUGACAUCGCAAUCUCGACUUCGGCUCUUCAAGAAACCCUGGAGAGGGCAGGUCUCACACGGAAGGUUCUCCGCAAGAUUGCAAUUGAGAGGGACAAGCAAAAACAAGCAUACACUAAUGCGUUGUUAUGGGCGCGCACCUAUUGGGCAAGAUGCUAUCCUCACAACCCCUUUCAUUUGCGGCGACUGCUACUCUCCGUCGCCGCAAUGAGUAAAACUGGUUAUCUCGCAUCUCGUGUUGUUCCAGGGUCUUUACAUUCAUACGAGUUCUUUGAUUUUAUUGUCGAGGAAGUGGUCCCCGUCAUGAAGCCAUUUCCUGACAUGCACAGUGUCCUUAUCAUGGAUAACUGCCGCAUUCAUCACACCGACACUCUCCAGGAUGUUCUCAAUGACUUGCGUGUGUAUUCCAUAAUCACUGACCUUAUCUAUGACCCUUACUCGAUCGACAGAGAUUAUGCUGUUGUAUUUACCACCUUACUCACCAGACCUGAAUCCGAUUGA